AUGCUGGUCCCCUUCGUGGAGUACUGCGUCUGCCACGCCUCCGUCCUCACCAUCCUCGUCAUCAGCUUCGAGCGAUACUACGCCAUCUGCAGGCCACUGAGGGCGUCCUACACCUGCACGAAGAUGCGGGCGUGGACCUGCAUUUUGAGCAUUUGGGCGGCGGCCGUCCUGCUCUCGAGCCCGAUGCUAGUCAUGAGCAAACACGAGUGGGUCCCUUACGCCGACGGGUCAACAGUCCCCGUGUGCUUCACUGACCUGACCUCGCUGUGGUCGUGCCUCUACAUCAACCUGGUCACGGCCGUCUUCUUCUUCGUGCCCUUGGUGCUCCUGGUGCUCCUCUACCUGGUCAUUCGGCAGGAGUCUCAUGCAGGACUCGGCCUCGGCUGCCUUGCAUCAUCCAAGGUGGACCUGCCCAACAUGAAGGCGAGGAGGCAGGGAACGGGUGGAAGUCUUAGCAUGCUGUACGCGGCGCGGGUGCUGCUCUUCGCCAACUCGGCCGUGAACCCCAUCCUGUACAACCUGACGUCGACCAAGUUCCGCGAGGCCUUCCUCAAGCUGCUGCGCAACGAGCACCGCCGCCGCCGCCACCUCAGCCGCCAGUCCACCUUCAACACCACCGGCACCUCCAUGUCCAACGGGCGCAGCGGCUCCUCGCGCACCAUGCCCACGGAGGUGGCCACCAUCAGGGAGCACCCGGCGCGCGUGGCGCUGGCCCGCUGGGGGCGCCACGCCUCGCUCGACGAGUUCCCGGCGGCGCCGCGGGCCGCCAUGGCGCGCUACGGCCGCCAGAGCAGCUUCGCCGGCACGCACUGGUUCCCGCCCGCCGGCGGCAGCGCCUCCUCCAGCGCCGCCUGCAGCCGCCAGAACAGUCGCGCCGGCGAGAGCGGCGCCAUCAGCCCCGGCGAGGCGAGGCGGUGCCUGGAGGGCGAGAAGCGGCCCUCGGGCGAGGGCCGGCGCCUGCUGGAGGGCGAGAAGACCCUCCAGCAGAGCAUGAUCGAGGAGGAGCGGCCGCGCGGCGGCGGCCACCUGGCGCGGACGGAGAGCAUGCGCCGCAUGCGGGAGCGCAGGAUCGACACGGAGAUGGACGACCUUCUGUCGGAGCGGCCGAGCGACGGCCCGCCCACGCCCUCGGCCACGCCCACGUCCGCCGAGACCGUCUUCAGGCUGGAGAGCGAGCGGUCACGUGACCCCGACGACGGCGACGACGCAGAAAACGGGAAACCGACCACAGAAAACGGCGAGCAAGCCAAAGAAAACGGGGGCGGCGCGGGGGCGAGGCCGGCGAAGGAGCCCGGCAGAAACGUCCUCUUUUGCGAGAGUCUAAGUACAAAAGUCAGUCUAGUUUGAAGGAAUUCUUAUAUCCGCCAAUUGGGCAUUAGGGUUCGGUUCCUCCCGAGACAACAGGCGCGACAGAAAGACGAAGAGAGAGAGAGAGAGAGAGAGAGAGGAGAGAGAAAGGGAGAGGAUAACGUCACAUACAUACAGCUACCUCUCUCUUAAAACCAUAUGAGAUCCUUAUUCAGAAAAUAAAUAAAUACAAACAACCUGACACCCCUAAGAGAAAAAAAAUCCUACAUUUCACUUUCUCUUUCCUUUCAUUUUCUUUCUCUCUUACUUUUUCUUCAAGGUUCAACAAGACAUAAUUUAUACUCUGGGUGUUUGUGACUAAGUGUCUGUAUCCGCCAUAAAAAAAAAAAUUACGUGUGUAUUUCGUGUUUCAACUAAAAACAAAAUAAAACAUACGGUUAUUAAUAUAUUCUAUCCAUGUUUUGCUAAUAUAUACUGGUGUUAAUUUUACGACAGUAGACACUUAAUAAUAUUCAUUACCAAAUGAUGUUGUAAAGCUGUUUAAUAUAAUAAUGAACGAUUCAUGAUAACAUUAAGUUUAUAGCUGAAAUAAAAUGAUUAAUAUAUGUCUUUGUACAGAGUGAAAUUUGAUGUAAUAAAAUGAAGCGACUUUUUAAAAGAUAUUGAUGUGUAUAUAUACGGUUUAUAUAGAAUUUUUAUUUCUUGCUCUUUCGUUCCAAGUCAAAAAUUAUAGAUCAGAAUAUAAACAUAUAU